GGAAGGGAGGUAAUAAGCAUAUCCACGACAGUAUGGUGAGGGAUCAUAAGGUUUACGCAGUGGAUGAAACGGAGAGAACGUUUUACUACUCGCCGAGGGAAGGUAAAUGGGGGACAGGGAACCGUGGACAAACUGGAAGGAAAGCCAAGGGACUGGUGUAUGAUUGAUAACUUGCUCUUUUGUCUUAGCAGAAACGGAACUAUAUUUUGGUGUGAGCCGGAUGAGUUGGAUUUGCAUGGAACAGAGAGGGUGAUGAAUACAGAGGAGGUCAAGGGUUUGAGCUCUCUCAACCAGUAUCUCUUUCUUUCUAAAAUUGUCCACUUUGGUGAUCAGAUUCUUGAUCGGUGGGAGCAAAAGAGGAUCAUGCAUGAUAUGGCCCCGUUAAAGAUGAGCAAGUAUGGUCGAAUCCACACGUUUGAAGGUUUACAUCCAGGGGCCAGAAUGUGCAGCUCCGGUGGGAACAUUGUGCUUUUCUGGGACCGCCCCAAGUUGGGACAUCUUCAUAUUUGGUCUGCGGAGAUUUCCUUGGAGAGACUCCAAGGAGGCGAGAUUUGGGGCAACAUUGAGUGGUCUAACAUUGUCAUGCCCGCUGAUGAAUCUUUUCAAGAACCCAAGAAGAGACGAAGGUACAGCCUGCUGUUUUUUUUUGUUCUUCUUGGCAUCUCCAGACACAGACUGAAUUGUUCUGGCUAGCUGCUUGGAAUGUGAGUACUGUGAGUUUUAAUUCCUCUUUUUUAUUUGAGAAAAAGACUAGAAUAACAUCAAACCAAGUUUUUGUUCCCAAAAUAGCACUCAAGUCUGAAAGUCACAAAAAUAAAUUUC